UUUCGAUAUUGGCUCUAUAUGUACAAACAUAAAACGCCAAAUGCCAGUUAAGUACAAAUGAGUUCCAAAAAAUUACUAUUUUCGGGUAUAGUACUCACAACGCUUGGCGUAAUUUUGUUGGUAUUCUGGACCAAAAUCUGCACAACAGUUUUACAUUCGAAAUUGGUCCUUUCAAAUACGUCGUUAAGUUUCAAACUGUGGAAAGAUCCCCCUAUUCCAAUACAUCUCUCCAUAUACUUAUUCGAUUGGGAAAAUGCCGAAACGGUCAUCAAAUCGGAAUGGAAAGUUAAACCACGGUUUGAAGAGAAGGGCCCGUUUGUGUUCAGUGAGCAUCACGUAAGGGAGAUCAGCAGUUGGAAUGGUAAUGGGACUGUGAGUUAUCAGCAGAGGCGCAUUUGGAAGUUUGUGCAGUCGAUGAGUAAUGGAAGCUUGUUGGACAACAUCACCAGCGUGAAUCCAAUUGUUGUCAUUUUAGGACAAAAGGUGAAGAAUAUCAGGUUUAUCGGCCCGGUUAUUAACAGUAUUUUGUGGUACUUUGAUGAAAAGCUUUACGUUACGAAGACCGUCAAUGAAUGGUUGUUUGAGGGGUACGAGGAUCCAAUCAUUUCUGAUCUUGUAGAGUAUCACAUACCAGGGGUGGAAAUUCCAUUUGAUCGUAUUGGAUGGUUGUAUUCGCGCAACGACUCUGCCACGUACGAGGGGAAUUUUACGGUGUAUACUGGGAUAAACGACAUUAACAAGUUAGGGGAAAUGAACUUGUGGAAUGGUAGAGGAAAGACCGAUGCUUACGAUUACCCAUGUUCGCUCCUUGAUGGAAGCUCUGGAGAGCUUUAUUCCCCUUUCAACCAAAAGCAGCAUUUGUCUAUUUUUUUAACCGACAUCUGCAGCACGCUCACAUUAGAACGUAACGACACCGAAGAGGUUUUCGGGAUUGAAGGCGCAAAAUUCAUAGGCACCGACUACAAUUUUGAUAAUGGUUCAAAAUAUAACCGCCAAAAAUGUUUUACCAGGAACAGUCUUCCAAGUGGCGUGAGAGAUAUUUCGAAAUGCAAGUACGGUGCACCUGCAUUUGUAUCUUACCCCCAUUUCUAUCUAGCAGACCACAGCUAUGGUGCGAACGUGGAAGGUUUAAAACCCGAUAAAGCCAGGCACGAAACGCACAUAACUUUGGAACCAAACACUGGUGUACCUUUAAAUGCCAGUGCCAAACUUCAACUAAACCUUUUCGUGGACAACGUAAAGGGAAUAAGCGUAUUUGACAACGUGGUUCCUACUUACAUGCCAAUUUUAUGGUUUCAAGAGGAUGCGUCCCUUACAGAAAAGUACUGCAACCUCAUUGGGAUCUUUCAAAAAGUAUUAUCUGGAGGAUUUUACUUUGGAUACGUCCUUUUCGGCGUUGGUCUAUUUACUAUGCUUUUUGCAUGGUACUCCAUGAACGGUUUAAUCUGUAGAAGAAGAUACACGGAUUUAUUAGCAGAAGAAGAAAAUGAAAGUUAGGGGUUUUUAAUUUUUUAGUAUUAGAAAUAUGUUAGAAAGUAAGAUUUGUUGUAAAUAAAGUUGCCAUGCUGGAG